CCAGAAUUCCAAUCUGAUACGUAUCAUGUAUCAGAUUGGAAUUCUGGUAUUCUAGUCAAGUCCUGAUUAAGACUAAUCAAUGAUAAUCAUCGUCUAAUGAGUGUAAUGUCCACUAAGUACCUAUCCACCUAAAAUUUUCAAAUACAGCUGACAUACACAAAGAAUAUAUCAUUGGAAAGUGUUGGCUAGUGGCCCAAUGACACCAAUCUUUCUAUGAUUUAUAAUUUAUAGAGAAAAGUUAUGACUUUUACUUUUACUUUUAGUGUUUUAUUUUCCCACACUCACACUACCGGUCACUACCCGGUUAUCUUGCAGUUCAGGUGCAUAUAAUUUUUCUGAUCAAAUUUCGUAUUAUCGCAUGUAAACUUACUUGUAUUCUUUAUAAAUUUGGCUUCGGCUAUUCGGACCCGGUAUCAGAAGUGAGAGGUUAGGUUUAUUAAAAAAUUAAAAUAUUGUUAAAUGUGAAGAGAAAGCACAGGGUUUGCCGCGACCCACGAACUUAUAUCCUAAAUUUAUCCCUAAAACUUACCUGAACCUUAGACACAUCUUUCUAUCUUUUAUAGAAGUGGAGUUAUGAUUUUUUUUUUGAUUUUUUAAAACCCCCUUCUUUAUCUUAGUAUUUAAAUGAAAAAAACGUGUGACCCACUUUCCAAAUUUCUGCCUUAUUUUGCCCAAAACUUUUGGAUUUUAAAAGAUAAUGCUACCAAAUUUUCAGGAGACAUUCUCAAUGCAAUAUACAGCACAAUUAACAACAAAACUUUUAUAUAACAUCAAGACUUUUAUUUUUUUAUAUAUUUAUUUAUGGGUAUGUUCAGAAAAAAGUGAACAGAAAAAUUGGGAAAAUCAUUAUUUAUACAGGAAAAAACGAAAAAAUAACAUGUUUAUUGAAUUUUAACUAAUUUUAUUAUGCUUGUGUUAAAUUUUAAAUCAAUUAUUAUAUUUAUAAAAUGGUAAGUAGUCUUUUUUUAUGUAUAAAAUUGAACGCAUGUAAUUAUAAAUAAAAAUUACUUAAAUAAAAUCCCCCAAGAAGAUGAGACUAAUUUAUUAAAAAAUGUGUUCUAUGUACUGCUUUUCUAUGUUCUAAUAAAAAUAUAAUUACUAUUAUGAUUAUGUUUGAGUCUUGUUUAUUAAUUUGAUGUAUUUUAUAAAACUUUAAUAUUAUAUAUUAUUAUUAAUAUUUAAUUAUUAAAAAAUUAUUAUAAUAAAUUUAAUUUGAUUUCUAUUUACCAAAUUUGGAAAUUAUCAAUAUAUUAACAAUUUGAAUAUGUAAAUUAGGCCUUAUGUAGUAUUAGAAAAUUUGUAUUCGUUUAUUAAACUUUGGGGCUCAGUAUUAAUAGCUUAUAGGUAUAAUUAUUAUUAUUAUUAUAGUAUAGAUUAGUAAAUGGUACCGGUACUGAAAACUUAGUCUUAGUCUUAGUGGCUAAGCUUAGUAAGUUAUUAAUAGUACAAUAGACUUUGACCUAUAAAUUAUAGUUAAAUUGUAGUUGUAGGUCUAGAAGUAGUAGGUGGAAGCAAACUUAAAUUAGAUUUUAUGUAUAUUUUCGAUUUCUGUAUUCUAAAAUUACAAUUUACUUAGAUUUAUUCAGAUUUUAAAAGAUUACGGAAUAUUAAAACUUUUUUUUUUUUUAUUGAUACCGAGAGCGAAUUUCAUUUCCGGUGAAGAUACAAAAUAUGGAGAAAUUUAUUUUUUCCAUCCGGUGAUGGGAGGGUGACGAAAAUAUGAAAGGUUUAUUAUUAACCUAGAAAAUAGAAUUUGUACUAUUUCAUAGUUAUUCCUCAGUCAAUUUGGAUGCUUAACUCGAUUCUUUAGGUUUCAAUGUUGUGCAAUUGCUGAAACUGAGUAUUUAAUGCAUAUUUAUAGCUUACCGUAUGGUCAAAGUGACACAACAAAAGAAUAGAGAUAAAUCAAAUUGGUCUAAAGAUAUGUGCGUCAUCGGAAGAAAAAUAUUUAUUGUAAUUGAUGACAAAAUAAAUGUACAAAUAGGAAACUGUGACGUAAAACGCAUAAACCCGAGGUCACUGCAGAAGCGAUUGUAACAUGGCCACUUCAGUUUUCGUGUCUUUUUUCCGUAUGCGCAAACUGAAUGCGCAAGCGGGUAUCGAUAUGCCUACCCUAACCUGGGUUUUGACCCUCUCGGAACCAGGAUUUUGACCCUAUCGGAACCAGGGUUUUGACCCUAUCGGAACCAGGGACAAAACAAGCAAAUGAUGUCAGGGUGCUAUCUCUUCACAUUAGCCAAAAUUUUAUUGUAGGGUUUGUACAACAAAAUUUGGUAUCAAAUGAAAGAUAAUUGAAUGGACUAUUUGUUUAUAAACUUAAUUCUACAGAUUAAAUAAAAUAAAUUACCACAAAUGACAUCAGAGUACCCAUGCCUUAAAAUGGCAAAUCUAAUCUUUCUCAUAAUCUUUCCUAUGUUUCAGUCAACUUUUCUAUGAUGGAUACAAAGAUUUGGCAGUUGGUUUAGCGGCAAUUAUACAGCCACACCCAGCAUGUCCACCUUCAGACAGACUGCUCAAAAUUGUUAAGCUUGGUUUAAAAUAUGAUGAAGAUGGUAACUCUAUAUUUAUUGUCUGUUUAGUUGCUAAAUAAAAUAGCUUGAGGAAAUAAUUUUUGAUAUGAUCAUGGGUAAGUAAAAUUUAUAAAAUCCCAUCUCAUUUAAAUUUCUGAAAGAUCCGAAAUGUCUUUCAAACAAGACAAAAGAAGAAAAAAAUUAAAAUUUUACGGAGAUCAAUUGCUGACAUUUCUAGGAACAUGGCAAUUUAAGCAGAAUGCAUUAUUUUCAUGCCCCCUUUUUCUUUCUUUCAAAUAAUUUUUACGAGACAUGGUAUUGCAAUUGACUUUUGUGUUAGGUCCAUUAAAAUGUUAAAUAUGUUUGAUAAAAAUUCUGAUAAUUUUAUGUAACAGAAAGCAAAGAUAAAGAGGAAUUUGUUGGUGACAUAUUGCAACCUGGCUCUGGCAUAGAUUUGGAGUUUGAAACUGAAGGUCUGUUAAUAGUUUAUUAACAAGUUGAUUAAUUUAAAAACUUGCCAACUCAUUAUAUUUUUACUAAUUAUUUUAAAUUCAAUAUUAAAUGAUUUUAUAUUAUUAGACUAACAUUAAUUUAAAGUCUCUUUAAUAAUUUUCAUUUCUUUUUAUGGUUUAACAGUGCAGACCAUUUCUCCAGAAAUAGCCUUAUAUGAAACUUGUUAUGUUACUGCUCAUAAAGGACCAUGCAGAUGUGCAGCUUUUCAUCAUACUGGUAGGUAUACAUAAGGUAGAUUUCAGGGCCCUUUUUAAAAAUCCUAGUAAAAAGGUAUUUGUUAGCAUUUUACUUACAAGUUUUGAUGGAAAUAAUAUAAUAAAUAUAAUCUAAAAUAAUAAAACUGCUUCAAACUGAUGCAUUAAAAAAAAAAUUGAUUGACUGGUGCAUCACAGAACACUAAUAGGUACCGCUAAUGUGCAUUAAGAUGAAACUUGCUAAAUAUCAACAAUGAUUGACUGGUGCAUCACAGAACACUAAUAGGUACCGCUAAUGUGCAUUAAGAUGAAACUUGCUAAAUAUCAACAAUGGUGUUGUUUGUUUUGUUUGCCUUAUCACAUAAUAUAUAUGUUUUAUCUAUUUUAACAUAAUUGACUAAUUCAUUAAUUUACCUUGAUUUUGUUUUAUAAUUUUUACACUAUUUUAAAAUUAAGAAUUUUACUCUACAGUUCUUCACCAUUUUGAAAGAUUUGUAAAUAGAAUUGUUUUGAAUCGUCAGUGUUUUGGUAACUAAAUCAUUAAACAAAUAAGUCAAUAUGUUUCACUGUAAAUGUUUUAUGUUAUAUUGUUUGUAUAUGGCUUUUUAAAAGUAAAAUGCCUUGAUAAAAUUUAAUACAUUUUAGGUCAGCUGAUAGCUACAGGUUCCCAAGAUGCAUCCAUAAAGGUAAAACACAUAUUAUCACAGACCAUAAGAAAGAAAUUUUAUUUUGUUGAAAUAUGUAGAUACUCCAUUCAUUAUGAUGUGCUGUAUUUUAAAAAAAUUUAACUUAAAGUUUUGAUAACUUCUCAUGAGAUAUAUCUUAUGAUUUAAUAAUGAUUUAAUAUGAUAUAUUAAACAUGAAUUGCUUUUUAUCUGAAGGUCCUAGAUGUUGAAAGGAUGUUGUCAAAAAGUGCCACACCAGCAGAUGUAAUGGCAUUAGAGACACCUCAGCAACAAAUGGAAAACCAUCCUGUGAUUCGAACACUUUAUGAUCACAAUGGAGUAGGUAUUCCAGCACAAAGUAGAAUAGUAUUGUAUAGUUAAGAUUCCUCUACCUUUAACAUAUAAACAAAAUAUGAGUUCGGCUAGAAGAUGAGGGUGAUCUUGUAUAACAUAUUUAUAUAUAGUGAGACUUGUAUAUUUGUCAUUAAACUAACUAAUCCAUCUAGCCUAUCUAUCCAGCUGCUCAUUUUAUAACAAUUAUCCUUUUAUUUAUCACCUGUUAAUUUUCAACAGACCAAGACUAACUAAUCAGAUCUAUGUACUUGCUUCAGAUAAUGGAUGAAUAAGAAAGUGUUCUGCUGAACACCCUUUUUUAAUUUCACCAUUCAAAACAGUAUUAGAACAUCUUAUCUUAUGACAUUUUUAAUAUCAUCAAUCAAAAGACUUUAACAAAAUCUUAUAAAUUUUAAAUAUCACCAGUCAAACAGUAUUACAACUACAAAAUCUUAUGACAUUUUUAAUAUCACCAAUCAAAACAGUAUUACAAAAUCUUGUGACUUUUUAACAUCACCAAUCAAAACAGUAUUACAAAAUCUUGUGACUUUUAACAUCACCAAUCAAAACAGUGUUACAACUUCUCAUGACAUUAUUUCUUUUGGACAAACAAAUGAAAAUUACAAUUAUAGUCUGAAAGGUCUUUCUUUUGUCAUAAGCAUUAACUUUUUUACUUUGUUACAUGUAUUUUAAAAAAAAACAUGAAAGUUAUAUCAAGAUCACUUCUUAUAGAAAUCAUUAAGUCUUAACCAAAUAAAAAUAAUGUACAGUUUUCUUUCCUAAUGACUAUCAAAGCUGUAAUCAUAUCAUGUAAUCAUAUAAUUUCAUAUCAUAGAUUUUUUUGAGAUAGAAAUGAACAAGUCUGUCCUCAACAGAUUACCCAGGCCGUCGGAUAAGUCACAUUUUACAUGUAUAUUUUAAUGGAGGAGUACGGUUCAUUUUAAAAAUGACACAUUGCAUGUUUAUUUUAAAUGAUCCAUGUAUUUUUUCUUUUAUUAUUCUUAUUUUGUGCACAUCUAGGAAGUGACAUGUCUAGAUUUCCAUCCAUAUGAAUCAAUUCUGGCAUCAGGUAGUGAUGAUUUCAGUAUUAGAUUUUUUGAAUAUUCAAAGCCAUCAGUGAAAAAAGCUUUCAAAAGCAUUCAGGUUUGUUAUUUUUUUUAAUGUUUUAUUAGUCUGCAACAGUCAUUUUCAUCAUCUAUAUCAAUAUAUCUAGUAAAGCUAGACAUGUGUUAUUAUAACAUAAAAAAUAUGCAAUUUUCUCUUGUGUUGAAAUAGAAAAGGUGGUUUUAAACAUUAAUUGAUCUAACAGUUAUUAUUAUAAUGAAUGUGUACAUCAAACCCAAGUUAGCAUAUAAAUACUCACCAAUUAUAUUUAAAAUUUAGUUUUAAUGUUGGAUAACUUGAUUAUCUGGUAUAAUAUGUCACACAUUUGUCCAAUGUCAAGUAACAUUCUAAAGAAAAGAAGAAAAAAAGGGCACAAUGACCCAUGCUUUAAUAUUUUUUCUUAUAAUUAAUUUAUUUCUGACUUCCAUACACCCUUGAGAAAUAAAUGCACUGAAAUGGGGGGGGGGGGAGAGGUGGGUAGUUUGGACACUGAAAGAAAAUUAGGUGCUAGGUUGUCAGCCCCUCAACAUGUUGAAUGGUGUCAUUAUCUUUGAAAUUAUUUACCAAUCAAAAACAUUUUAUUGAUGCCUUAUAUCCCAAUGUCAUUUAGGAAGCAUCAGAGCUGACACAGAUAGCUUUUCAUCCCAGUGGGGAUUACCUUCUUGCUGGUACCAGACACCCAACAAGUACGGCCAAAUCUUUUCAGUGACAUUCCAAUCUAAAAGUUGUACCUUCAGAACUUCUCAUAUUACUGAAUAGCUCAUAUAGUUUAUAAGUUUGAAAUUUAUUUACAAAGUAAACUGUAAUACUACAUUUCAAUUUUGUGGUAAGACAUGAAAUUUUACACUAAAAAUACACAUAUUUCAGUUAUAAAUAUUUCUGGUUUUUUUUAUAUUUCUGACAAUUUACUGUUUAUUUCAGAAAAUUUUUGAGUUAUUUUUUACAAUUUACAGUAAACUUUAUGUAAAACACUCCAGUGCUUUGUGGAUAGUAAUGUUAUUUGUACAAUUUACAGUAAGACUCUAUGAUGUCAACACUUUCCAGUGCUUUGUGGGUAGUAAUGCACAAGAUCAACAUAAUGGUAAAAUCACUGGGGUAAGUAAAAAAUAUUAGAAAUUAAAUAAUGAUUGAUUAUCUGUUAUGCUAAAUAUUUUAACAUGGAUAAAAGAACAAUUAUUGACAUGAGCUGUUUAAAAAUGCAUUCAGUUAAUGAUUUGAUAUAGAGGAAUCUCAUCCUUAAAACUCUUCCGUUGGCAAGAAACUUGCAUAUUUGAUAAUGACGAUGAUGAUUGAGUACUUUAUGGUGCUUGUGUCCAUGCUAUUUUAGCAUUUUUGUAUGCUAUUUUUAUACUUUCAUGUCGUUAAAUCUAUUUAAAGAAAAAAAGUCUUUAAAUGGUUCUUAAAUGACUUUUUAUCAUUUUCCAAUGUCCCUCAAUGUUGGGAUGUUCAAAAUGUGCUUCAGAUUUUAAAAAUUAGGUUCUAUUUACUACCAGUUUAAAUGAUUAUGGGUUGAACAAUUGAAAUUAUUUUGGGGUGUGAAUCUUUUAUCUGUCUGCAGAUAAUCUAAUUUACUUUUAAGGAAAAUAUUUAACCCUAUAGGACAGUGGUUCUCAACCUUCCUAGUGCCGCGACCCUUUAAAACAGUUCCUCAUGUUGUGGCAACCCCCAGCCAGAAAAUUAUUAUGGUUGCUACUUCAUAACUGUAGAGUAUAUGUGUUUUCGGAUGGUCUUAGGCGACCCCUGUUAAAGGGCACGGCCCACAGGUUGAGAACCGCUGCUAUUAGAGGUAGCAGUUGCGACAUAGGCUAUUGAUGACAUUUAUAUAAAAGUGUAAUAGCUAAAGUUUGCUUUCAUUCCCAGUUGAAAUGGAGCCCUAAUGCUAACAUGUUUGUGUCAUGUUCUGUUGAUGGCAACAUCAAAAUCUGGGAUGGAGUCAGUAACAAGUGUAUCAACACAUUCCAUAAAGCUCAUGAUGGCAAGGAGGUGUGCUCAGUGUCAUUCACCAGAAACUCCAAGGUAAGCAUGACAUACGUUUGACUAUAGAAAGGCUAAGUUGAUUGUGUUGGCUUACUGCUUGCUGAUAUAUUGAUUUUGAUAUGUGGUUCUCUUAUUGACUGUGCUGAAUAAUCAGGUUAGCAGUAUUAAAUCUUUAUCUUGCUUAUUUGUGAUUGAUCCAUAUUUUUUAUUGAACAAUAUUUGUAAAUACAUAACUUCUGCUUUUGAUGAAAUUUUUUUUUUGAGAUAUAGGAAGUAAGUUUUAAUCAUGUAUUAGUUGAAGAUUGGAAUAUUGGUAUUUUAGAGAAGUGUGACAUAAGGUAAACACUCCAUCCAUUUGUGUCAUUCAACAUAUAAUAAUCAUUAAAAAAAAAAGUUAAGGAAAUUCUUAAAAGAGCUGAAACAGACAAUUAGCAUAAGUCAUUGAAAGUAUGCUAGUAGUUGUUUCUUUUGUAAAUCUGAAAAUAAUGACAUCAGUUCAAUGUUUAUUUGAAACAUACACCCAAAGGUACCCUAUUAACCAGUAAAAGGACUCAAAUUCGUUUGCUUUUUAAUACUAAAUACUCUAAAAUGUAAAUUAGCAGAAAAUGUCAACUUGGUACAAGCCAUUCUCAAAAAUGGUUUAAAAUAAUUACUAUUUCUUCAAUUAUCCUUUGACCAGAAGAUAAAAUUCAACAAAAACUGUCCAUUUUCUUGAUUUCAGUAUGUUCUAUCCAGUGGUAAAGACAGUCUAGUAAAAUUAUGGGAGUUGUCUACCAACAGAUGUCUGAUUGUUUACACUGGGGCUGGAGUCACUGGGGGCAUGGAGCAUGGAACUGUGGCUUGUUUUAACCACACAGAAGACUAUGGUAAUGUUGACAAUAUUCAAAUUAUGUAAAUUAAGAAUGCAUAAAAACAUGCUACACCGAUAUUAAUUCGAUAUUUAAGUUUUACUUUGUACCAUUGACUUCUUCUUCUUCUCACCCCAAUGGAGCAUAGGCCCCAUAAUAUUUUUCCAUCUGUCCCUGUCCUGGGCUAUCUUUGCUAGUUCAGCUCAACAUUUCUUCAUUCUCUUCACAUCUGCCUCUAAUCCCCUCUUCCAUGUGGCUCUUGAUCUUCCUCUUUUCCUGGUACUUUGAGGAUUCCAAUUUCAUGACCUGUCUUGUCAUGUUAGUGUUAAGUGCCAUUGACUACCUUAUUAUGAAUAUCACAAUUCUCAAGAACUAAUGGAUCAAAUUCAAUUUGUGAAUAUUAAGUACAUGGGAAGAAGAAAAUGUCAUUUGCUUUAUUCGUCAAGUUUAUUUAAUCCAAAAGUUUCUCAUUAACUGAUAAAUAUUGUUUUUAAUUGAUGAUCUUGUUAGAGCUGAUUUAAUACUAUAAUUACAAAGUAACCAAAGUCAUGAAGUUUUUAAAAUAUAUUUUCUUAGGGUAGAGGCAGAGAAUAAUUGUGGGAAAGAAAGUUUAGUUUAAUUGCUGUUUAGAAACCAUUUUAAAAACUCAGAUUAGGAAAGUGGUUGCUUGGGUGCAAGAACGAAAUGAUUAGGUCAGUGUGACCUGGAGAAGUUUUGAAACAUGUUGAGAAAAUCUGCUCAAUAAACUAAGGAUAAUUUUGUACACCAACAAGAUAAUAAACUAAAUAGGUUGUACAGCCAGUUGUCCAAGGGAGAGAAUGUGCAGCCAGCAGUCCGAGAGGAAAAUUGUAUAGCCAUCAGGUCCAAGAGGGAGAUUGUACAUCUAGUAGGUCUAACAGGGAGAUCGUUCAGCUAGUAAGUCCAAGAAGGACUGUGUACAUCUGUUAGAUCCAAGAGGGAGUUUGUACACCUAGUUGGUCCAAAAGGGAGAUUUUUCAGCUGGUAAAUCUUAGAGGGAAGUAAAACAGCUAGUAGGUUCCAAGAGGGAGAUUUCUUGGUUUGAAUAGGUUGACAACGCAUCUAGGAGGUUUGAGCAGUGGCGUAGCGAGGGUUGGUGUCACCCGGUGCGGUAAACUCAUGGUGUCACACCCCCCCCCCCCCAAACUUCUAUGAUCGAUUUUUUUCGAUUUUUUCUUGUUAAAAUAAGUCCACAGUAUAGCAUCAACCUUGAACUUUUAAUAAAGCACGCAUUUGGAUUGGUUACAUUUGUGAAAAAUAUAUGUGUGAUCGGUUAUUCUUUUAUGAAUCUCGAUUUUUGCGAGCAAUGUGUGCCCUGUAAAUAUGCAAUUUUUCAAUCGGGUGUCACCCCUAAAAUGAUGUCACCGGUGCGGUCCGCAGGUGCUACGCCACUGGGUUUGAGAAUGAGUUUGCAAAGAUUUGACUCAUAAUAGUCACUGAAUAAUGGAUUUGGUUGUUUUCAGAGAGCUAAUUUGAUCCUUCUGAUGAUGGAAGUAAAUGAACACCCCCUGCUUUCUGGUGACUGCACAUCUCUAAACCACUGACUUGAUAAGCCUUUUCUGUAACUUGAAGUAUAUAUAUUUUGUGUCAUUUCUUAAGGUUUGCCUUUAGCUAUCAUAUAUCUAUCUCCAGUGCUAUUCCCUGAUGAGAAGACAACAAGUUUGUGUUGCUGGGACUCAAGAAAUGCUGAGAGACAAAGGCUUCUGUCAUUAGGUAAUUUUAAUGUCAAAUAACAUAGCACUACUUAAAACUCUCAUCUCUGUAUUUUAACAUAUUUUCAAAUCUUUAUGCUUUGAUAUCUAUGCUAAAGUCUAUGAAGAAUGAAAUUGAAAUCCAGCAUUUUAAAAAUCUUGAAACAUCAAGUCAUUUGUGAGUCAUUUGGGAUAUUCUUGUAGAUUCUAACAUGAAAUAUGUCCAUUAUAUAUUUACCAGGUCACAAUGGUGUUGUCCGUUUCAUGGCCCACUCUCCUACUGGUCCAGCAUUUGUGUCAUGCAGUGAUGACUUCAGAGCCAGAUUCUGGUAUAGAAAGGCUACAACUGACUAAUACAACUGCAAUUUGCUACCUUUUAAAGCUAAUUAUUUUUGUAUUGUUGCUUUAGUUGUCGGAAUGGUUUCAAGAUUGGUGUUAUGGAAGAGCAAUCAAUGUAAUAUUUUUGUUACCCUUACAAUAAAUUGAUUAGAUGAUAUUCUAUCAGAUAUUGAGUUUAUUCAGAUUCUCGUUUCUUGGUUUCCUCCUAAUAUUAACAUUUAGUGUGCUCUGUCUGAGAUAUGGUUUAUAAUACAAAGGUGGCUAAAUCUCUCAUAUACAUGAAAGCAUCGAAACAAGACUGGAUGUAAAUUCCGAUUAAGCAGUCCUCAGGGGAGGUAACAAGUAUAGAUGGUUUGACGGCGAGAUUAUAUUGAUUUCAUGUCUUCAUUUGAUCAAUCCUGAAACUUAGAAAUUUUGACGUGUACUUCUGCCUGUAAUUUGACAGUACAGCAAACUAACAGAUUCAAAUUUUAAACGCCCUACUCUUGCUGAAGGGGAAGAACUCAACUGCUUUGGGUACUGGAAUUUCGUUAGACUUGUCUAUCAUUAAUACUUUAAUGUAUCAUAAAUGUACCUUUGUCAGGUAAACAAGUAAGGGCUCAAAAGUUGUUAAGUUGGUGCACUUUCAAAGUAAUGGCUCAAGUGCUGUUAAGGCGGUGUACUUUCAAAUUAAGGGCUCAAGAGUUGGUAAGGUACUGAAAUACAAAUAUAAUGUGACAGGACAUUUAAAUGCUGGUCUUAAUGAAGUUUCUUGAAUAUUAUGUUUAUUGACUUUAUAUUGUGCAAUGUGUUUUAAAAAUCAGUCAUAAAUUUAAUUGCUUAUAAUAUUACAAUAGGCUACAACUGAUAGUGCUGUUUAAUAUUUCCUGUGACAUUUCAUUUCCUAAGAUAAGGACUUUCCGUUACUAAGAUAUGGAUGUUUCAUUUACUAAGAUAUGAACAUUGCAGUUACUAAGAUAUGGACUUUUCAUUUACUAAGAUAUGGACAUUUCCAUUACUAAGAUAUGGACAUUUCCGUUACUAAGAUAUGGACAUUUCAUUUACUAAGAUAUGGACAUUGCCAUUACUAAGAUAUGGACUUUUCAUUUACCAAGAUAUGGACAUUUCAGUUACUAAGAUAUGGACAUUUCCAUUACUAAGAAAUGGACAUUUCAUUUACUAAGAUAUGGACAUUUCAGUUACUAAGAUACGGACAUUUCAGUUACUAAGAUAUGGACAUUUCUUUUCCUAAGAUAUGGCCAUUUCAUUUCCUAAGAUGAAGACAUUUCUGUUACUAAGAUAUGGACAUUUCAGUUACUAAGAUAUGGACAUUUCAGCUACUAAGAUGAAGACAUUUCCGUUACUAAAAGAUGGAAAUUUCAGUUACUAAGAUAUGGAUAUUUCAUUUAACGAAGAUAUGGACAUUUCAGUUACUAAGAUAUGGACAUUUCAGUUACUAAGAUAUGGACAUUUCAGUUGCUAAGAUAUGGACAUUUCAGUAAAUAAGAUAUGGUCCUUUCAGUUACUAAGAAAUGGACAUUUCAGUUACUAAGAUAUGGCGAUUUCAGUUACUAAGAUAUGGAGAUUGAUCCUAUAAAGCAUUAAGCCUAACAAAAAUGUGAAAACCUUAUCAAUAUUGAACCUUACCAAUAUCCAACCUUACCAAUAUCUAAACUGAGCGAUAUUCAACUUUGUUACUUUAUCAAUAUCCAACAUUACCUAAAUCGAACCUUUUCGAUAUCCAAUAUAAUCAAUAUCCAAAAUUAUCAACAUCGUGACGAUGUCAAUUUUCUGUGCUUUAAGGCUGAAAACGAAUAAACUUGUUCAAAAUAUUGUUCCGAACCUCCCAAAUGCUUGCAUUAAAUACAGUCAAAGAAAACAACACUUUAAGGUUAAUUGUUGCAAGAAUGCAAAUGAUCCAAAUACUGGCAAUUCAUUGGAAAAUAUCAGGUGAAAUUAACAGAUAAAAAUCUUAUUUUGAGGAUGAUUAUCCCGGCUUCUUCCAGGGCCGACACUAGGGGGCUGGCGAAGUGGGUGACCGCCCAAGGUCAUAGUUGCCGUAGUAUAUUUAUAAUAUACCUAAGCCUACUCAGUGGCAUAGCGAGAGGAGCGUGGGGUGCAGACCGCACUGGGUGACACCAUUUUAGGGGUGACACCCAAUUGAAAAAUUGAAUAUUUACAGAGCACUCUGAGCACACACUGCUCGGUCCAACCGAGAUUCAUAAAAGGAUAACCUAUCACAUAUACAUUUUUCACAAAUGUAACCAAUCCAAAAGCCUGCUUAAUUAAAAGUUCAAGGUUGGUGCGUAAGAAAUGUGAUGACCCCAUGUUUCGGUCAGAAAAACACAGUCAUUAUUCCACGCCAAUUGAAGUGUUCUGUAAAUUCCGUACUUGACAGGAGGCUAUAUUUAUAUAAAUUCUGAGAAAAAGGGCUUUCCAUUUAUACCAUAUUAUGGUGUGGUCUGGCGAUUCUAAAUAUAAGAAUCGGUAAAAAUUAAUAAAAAAAACAUUAAAAAUGAAUUUUUACGUAUUUAUAGGGUUUAAAAAUAUAUUAUUUUACACAAUUUUCAAUCUUUUAAUGAUUUAUUCUUAUUUAUU